CAAUGACUAUUUUGGUAACGAGUCGAACUCAAGCAGCGGAAGAGAUCAGAGAGGACAUGAAGAUGAGGAUAUUGAUAAAGGGGUUUUCUCCAGAAUAUCAAGAAAAAUAUAUUCAAUUAAUAUUUAGAGAAAAUGAAAGUAAAGCGAACGAACUCAUUUCCGCAUUGACAAAGGAUGACUUUUACAGAGAAAUAUCAGAAUGUCCUCUGAUGCUGCAUAUGUUGUGUUGCCUUCAUCGAGAUGGAGAAAUGGAAAAGCUUGAAACGAUGGCUGAUUUAUACAUUAGGAUAUUUACUCUAAUAACUGAACGUUAUGUGAGAAAAACUAAUCAAAAACGUAAAUUUAAAAGAGGAAAAUAUUUUGUGGGAGAAAAUUUGCUACUGAAAUUAAGAAGAUUAGAGAGAGGCAAAGAUGUUAUCACAUCACAAGAUUUGGUGGCUUUAUUUCCAAAUGAAGAUGAACACAAUUUCAUUACUGGACUAGACAUUCUUACUCUGGAUUCCUUUUCUGAAUGCGAUAAUAUCAUCCGAUACAGUUUUGUUCAUCGGACAUUUGGCGAAUUUCUUACAGCUUUAUGUGUAUAUAUCGGUUAUAUUUCGUUUCCAUAUUGUACUAGUAAUAUGGAGUUGUUAUUUUUAAUGGGAUUUUAUAAGGAUGAACCUUUACCCAAAACAUUUUUAACAUAUAUACCCAAAAAAUUGUUCACAUAUCCAUUCAUACUCUGCGCUCACAGACAAAUCAAACUGAAAAGUAAUUGGGAACAAUUUUGUUCACAUUUAAAAGUGGUAUUUUAUUAUAUAAAUUUCCUGACUUAUUAUCAAGAGAUAUUUAACUUGUAUGAAUUCAAAGAAUUGUAUUUAUAUUUAUACGAGAUUGAAAGAAAAAACGACGUAUGGGUGAAUUACGUAAAUUACUUAUCGAAUCUCUGCAGUUACAUUAAAAAUUUAAAGAUUUAUCUUAUUCUCUUAGUUUUUGAAAAGUUUUCGAAUCAUUUAUACGAUAUUAGAGAACUUAUCUCAGGCAUUAUCGAUUUCCUUCAAGUAAUGAACGGUAACGUAGACAUUUAUUUUAUUGGCGUAAAAUAUCUUCCGGGUGAAAAUCAUUUUCAUAGGUUCAUCAAUGUAAAAUACAAUUUGAAUUCGUCAGAGAUCCGGAAAUCAUUAAAUAUAAGUGAAGACGAGAAGUUGGUUGCAUUGGAAACUGUCGACGAUUCGAAACAAUCUGACAGUUUCGUCCUCUCGUUGGAGCAAUACGAAACUUUACGCGAUCGUAUCUUAUUUCAGUCUGCCAGUAAAUUGAAAUUAAAAUGUGCAAUACUGUAGAAUUCUUUUAAAAUAUAUAUUAAGUUUUUUUUAUAAAAGAAUCGUGUAACCUUUAUUUAUGAUAUUACACGUAUUUAUCAGUGACGAAUUUCUACAAAUAGAUACACUGGAUUGUUAAACGUUGCGUGUCGUCGUGUUGAAACAUUUUUGUAGGAUUAUAAUCUAGGAAAAAAUUAAAUAAUUGUAUUUGUGGUUGACUACACCUAUAACACUACACUUAUGAAAAUGGAAAUUAUGUAUAGGCCUAAACACUGUGUUUAGACAUUAUUUUGAAGUUCUACAAAUAUACAGUUGAUCCCCCAUAACACUGUUGAUAAUUCCGUUUUAUAUGAAUUCCAUGUUGUA